AUGUUUUUCAAUGCUAACAUAAUCUUUGCAUUUGUAUUAAUACAACAAGGAUAUUCCGUAGUUUUGAAAUAUACAUCUGAGCAUAAUCCUGAACAAAUCCAUAUUUCUUAUGGAGAUGAACCUACCGAAUCUAUGAUGAUAACAUGGUCGACAACAAAUGCGACACCACCACCCAUCGUACUUUUUGGAAAAGAAAGUCCUACAGAGGAAGUUGUGGGAAAAACAACGAAGUUUGUGGAUACCGGAAAGGAAGCCAGGGUGCAAUAUGUACAUCGCGUCAAACUGACUGGACUGCAACCAGCAACUAAGUAUGUUUAUAAAUGUGGGAGCGAACUGGGAUGGUCAGAUCAAUUUUCCUUUCGAACAGCAAAUGAUUCAACCGACUGGUCACCAAAAAUAUUUCUCUAUGGAGACAUGGGCAUUACUAAUAAUCGAGCUUUGCCCCUAUUAAAGAAUGAAGUAGAGAAGGGUAAUGUGGACACAAUUAUUCAUGUUGGAGAUUUUGCAUAUAAUAUGGAUGAUGACAAUGGUCGUGUUGGAGAUGUCUUCAUGAGGCAAAUACAGCCGUUAGCUGCUAAUGUUCCUUACAUGGUUUGCCCUGGGAACCAUGAAAGAGCCUAUAAUUUCACUCAGUAUCGGAUGAGAUUUAGCAUGCCUGGAAACACAGAAAGCCUGUUUUACAGUUUCAAUUUGGGACCUGCACACUUUAUAAGCAUAGAUACAGAAGCUUACUAUUACCCAGAAUUUGGUGUAUGGCCUCUCAUUAACCAGUGGAAUUGGCUUAUUAAUGAUUUGAAAGAAGCAAAUAAACGAGAGAAUCGACAAAAAAGACCUUGGAUUAUAGUUUAUGGUCAUCAUCCAAUGUAUUGCUCAAAUCUCUGGAUUGAUGACUGUUCACUGAAGACAACAAAAACACGAGUUGGCAUUCCAAAUAAACAAAAUAAUUGGUAUGAAUACGGUUUGGAAGAAAUAUUCUACAAUGCUGGUGUGGAUAUUGAAUUUUGGGGUCAUGAGCAUUCAUAUGAAAGACUUUACCCAAUGUAUGAUUACAGAGUAAAAAAGGGUUCUGGAAAAGAUCCAUACAAAAAUCCUAAAGCUCCAGUUCAUAUUACAUCUGGUAUAGCUGGAAGCAGAUACCGUUCCACUUAUUUCAGUUUUAUUAGACCAAAUUGGUCAGCUUUCAGGAGCACUGAAUAUGGCUACACGCAGAUUCAUGUCCAAAACACUACACAUAUUAAUAUAAAACAAAUAAAUGCGAAUAAGAAAGUCAUAGAUGAUGUAUGGCUAGUUAAAAAUCAGAACAAGGUGUUCGGCCUUAAUGAAGGUGAUGAAAAAUAA